AUGUCGUUUGGUUUUUCGGUUGGCGAUAUAAUUCUCCUCGGCCAGAUAGCGUACAGGCUUUACUCAAGCAUCACCUCUGGAAGGGAAGCAGCAUCGCGCGACCUGGAAGAACUAAGAGAUGUACUCUUCAGUUUAAACUGCUCCUUGGCGCAUCUCAAAGAUGUUUCCAAGAAUGUACUGGAUCAGCCAGGGCUCCAAUACGGAGGGCCCGGAUUCAAAGAUAACCUGGAUUUGAUGAUAAGCUCAUGUGCGACGACUCUGCAAGAGCUAGAGUCAGUGACAGAGAAGUACCUUUCAUCUGAGAAACUGGCUACAGAACUAGCAAAACCGAGCAAAGGCAAGACAAAGAUGCACGCGCUAGAAAACAUGAAGAAAAGCAUGCACAUCAACUGGCGGAGGAUACGAUGGGACUAUGAGAAGCAUUCGUUGCAGCAGUAUCGUGAGAAGCUCAAAUCGCACACGGAUGCGAUCAAUCUCAUACUGACUUCUGCAAUCCUGGCGACUUCAGUGGUUGCAGACGACGAUAGCAAGAAAAGCCACGAGAAGACGCACGCGAUGUUGGACGAAGUGUUGAAAAGGCCACAAGCAGACGAUGCACUACAAACCGUGCUGGAAGAAAUACGUAAGAAUUUCCCACCACCAGGUCCUGCUGCACAAGCGACACCCAACGUGUUGCGCCGAGGGAUGCCGUCAAAUACGUUCAUCGCUGCGUAUUCCGUAAGCACACCACUGUCGAUUGGUAAACUUGGUACUGCGGCGGACGGCCCAGUGCCAUCAGUCCGUAUGAAUGCGAGCAUACCAAUACCGUCCACAUCCAAUAGAGAACUCCCGGAGAAAGUGAACCUCGAAAAUGGAACCUCAGACAAAUCGCUUUCUGAACUCAACGCCAGGCGCCGUGCUUUUGGUGCAAAGGAGUAUGAGGCUUUCAUGAAGCGUCACGCACCGCCGAAAAAGGUGUCGAAGCCGUCUUUCUUGACAGCUGCCACGCCAAACAUCAAGGAGCUCCACGAAUGCAUACCGUACCUUUUCGGAGGCCAGCCCGAGGGCAAGCAGCAAACGGAGGAGCUGAAGAGCGAAAUUCGACAAUGGUCCCUGGGCUUCUCUCUUCUGGUGAAACACGAAGUGCUUAGCGCAAAUUCUGAUGCUGGGCUUUUAGAGAUUUUGAGGACACUGAACGAGACUGUGGAGGAUAGUAGCCAGAGAGUGCGGCAACUGUUUUAUGAGAUUUCAGAUUUAGUGGGGUUGCCGGCUGCUUUGGAUCGGGUCCUAGCAGCAUCGAAGAGUGUCAGGGUGAAGAAGGAGAUUGAGGACUUUCAGGACACCAAAGACGACUGGCAGGAUCAUGUGAGGGGCAAUUGA